ACUCAUAGUCACACAUAGUCAGCUGUUGUGUCAAAGCGUUACGGGUUUUUAACCAACCGAAAGUUUUUAUAUUCUCUCUCUACGUGCUGGAUGAUGAUGAAAAUAAAAAAUAAAAAUAAGAAAGAGGGGUUAGUUAAAAGAGAGUCUUGUGAAAUUGAAAUUUUCACUUCAUAAUUUUGCAAUCUGUGCACAAUUCAUGUCUAGAGUAAAAUUUAAAUACCCUAUCAAUUUUUCAAGUGUGUGUGUGUGUGUAAUUAUUUAUUUAUUUAUUAUUUUGUCAAGUGGUGUAUAAAAAAAAAAAAUACUCAAGAAAUUUAUUUGUAUUUUAUGUCAAUAUUAUUUCUAUAUUUAAAAAAAUUUUACUUUGUAAUCGCGUGAUUCAUAAUUCAAUCAGGUUUCUCAUGUUAAAAAAAAUCGUCAUUAUUUAGUCAUCUAGCUAACGUCUUGUGAUUAGUGUGCUGGUCAUUUGUGUCGCUACGAAACAAUCAAAAUAGACUGCUAAGAAUAGAGUAUUUAAUUAAACUGGUGUGUUGAUGGAUAUUUAAAGUGAUGACAAUAUGAUAUUAUAAAUAAAACAAAAAAAAAAAAAUUAUAAAAAAUUAAAUUACAUAUUAAAUUAUAAAUAUAUAUUAUAAAUGGCCAAAGAAAGUGAAUCAGUUGCUGGAGGAUGCAAUGCAUCAUCACCAAGGCCAAGGCGAUUAUUUGCAAGAUUUUCAUUAAGAAGAUUAUUGUAUGCAAGUCCAUUGAUUGGUCGAAGAAUUGCAAGAGCAUCAAAUUCUAAUCGUAAUAGUACAAAAGGCAAAGAUUCAACAAAUAGUAAAACACCAGAUGUUGAAAAGGGUGAUGUAAAAGUGACCACCAAUAAUCCAAGUCAUUGUCAAUUUCAUAAUUCAGAAUUACAAAGAACAUCUAGUAAAAGUUCUGGUAUUUCAACUGCUGGAAAGAGUUGUGAAAAUGGUUUAUUGGAGUGUCCUCUGUGUUUAGCUGAAUUGUCAUACGACUCAUUUCCAGUAAUACAGUCUUGUCAUCAUCGAAGCUGUUAUGACUGUUUCCAGCAAUAUCUUAGAAUGGAAAUAUCUGAGUCACGUAUUAAUAUUGCGUGUCCAGAGUGUUCUGAGCCAAUUCAUCCCAAUGAUAUUCGUAUGAUACUUAAUGAUCAAACACAGUUGGAAAAAUAUGAAGAUUUUAUGGUAAGAAGAGUACUUGCUGUUGAAUCAGAUGUAAGAUGGUGUCCAGCACCAGAUUGUUGUUUUGCUGUUAUUGCAAGUGGUUGUGCAUCAUGUCCAAAAUUAAGAUGUGAAAGACCUGGUUGUGAUUCGUAUUUUUGUUAUCAUUGUAAAGCAAGAUGGCAUCCAAAUCAAACUUGUGAUGCUGCAAGAGCUCAAAGAGCACAACACUAUGAAAGAAGUUCUUCAUUGAGUUUUAGCCAAACUGAUUCACAACAUAGAGAUGAUAUCAAACCAUGUCCAAGAUGUCAAAUACUCAUUGUCAAAAUGGAUGAUGGCAGUUGUAAUCAUAUGACUUGUGCUGUUUGUGGUGCUGAAUUUUGCUGGUUGUGUAUGAAAGAAAUUAGUGAUCUACAUUAUUUAAGUCCAUCUGGAUGCACGUUUUGGGGUAAAAAGCCUUGGUCAAGAAAAAAGAAAAUACUAUGGCAAUUGGGUACACUGGUUGGUGCACCUGUUGGUAUUGGUUUAAUUGCUGGAAUUGCUGUUCCAGCUAUGAUAAUAGGAAUUCCAGUUUGGGUUGGCAGGAAAUUGUAUACACGAUACGAAUUAGCAAAUAAACACAAAAGAAACGCCUUAAUUGCCGGAGGUGUAGCAGCAUCGGUACUAGUAUCUCCAAUACUUGCUGGUCUUGCUGUUGGUAUUGGUGUACCAAUUUUAUUAUUUUAUGUUUACGGUGUUGUACCGGUGUCACUAUGCAGAAGUGGAGGAUGUGGUGUAACAACAAAUGGCUCUGGUGUUAGAUUUGAUUUUGAUGAUGAAAAUGAAUUAAUGGGUACCCUGAGUGGUAUAAAUGUUGGAGAUACAGCAUCUAUUGAUGUUACAAGUCAUCGUGGUGGUAAUCCAUCAAUUGGUGAAGCAUCAUUGUCACUUGGUAGUGGAAGUCAAUUAGAAAAAUUAGGACGUGAAAAUGAUCGUGAAAGUGCAAGUAAUGUUGCACUUGCUGGUACAAGUUUAGCUGGUAGUAUUGCAUCAAGUGUAUUACCAUGUGGACAAAAAUUAGAAGUACAAGCUGAUAUUGCAUCAAGUCAAAGAUUUAGUUUAUGUAGUGAAACAGCAUCAGCAGCAACAAGUCUAUCUGAAAAAUCAGUAAAUGCAUCAAUUGCUGCUGAUGAUGGUGGUGCAUCAACACGAGCACUUGCUGGUUCAGUUCUUAAUUUUAAAAUUGAUGGAAAUUCAAUAAAUAGUGGUAGUAAGUCUAUUGAUUGUGAACAAAUUAUAAUAUCAAAUUGUCAAAUGGAUUCUGCUGGACAAGCUGCAUCACUGAGUUCAUUGGAAGAAAUUGUUCCUGGUUUGGCUAAAAGAGCAAGAAGAAGACCGACAUUAGAUCGUCAACACAGUGAUUCAAGUAGUUGGACAUUUUGUGGUGAAGAUGCUGCAUCUGAAAGAGUUCGUUUUGAUGAUCAUGUUAGUUUUAUUGAGGCUGAUCAAGAACCUGCCAUUGUUUCUUCUACUACUAGAGGACAAGAAAGAUCAACAAGAAAAAAAAAAAAUAAAGAAAAUGAUACUGAUAUUGAAAUGCAAAAACCUAGAUGUUCAAAUGAUGAUGACUCAACAUCUGAUGAUGGAUCUCGUGAAAGAGUUAAUGUUGCUGCACUUAGAAAUGUUUUUUUUCAUAAUUCAGCAACGUGUGGAGAAAAAAGAUUGCCUGUGAUUGAAGAACCAAGCUCAAGUGCCAACCUUAUAACUUCCACAACACCAACUACUGCACUCAUUCUUACAUCAGUUAUUAACAACGAGGCAAUUGAUGCUAUUAGCAUUGUCGAUGAAAAAUCACACAGCUAAGCAAAUUAAUUAGAAAAAAAAAAAAAAAAAAUUUAAAA